AAAACUUUUAACUUAAAUCUUCGAAAGCCAAAGAGUCAAAAAGCUCAAAGGUAAAAUAUGGCUUUCAUGACUACGACUCUUCACCAAUUAAACAAUUAGAAAGACGCUUCAACUUAUCACAGAACAAGUCAAUACCUUAAGAUGAGAAGAAAAUUUCAUCUUCCUCCCUAAUAUGACCCCAAGAUAAUAUCAAUCUUCUUCUAUAUUGUCACAACCUAAACAAACAAAAAAAAGCAUCAAACAAGAAAAAUUUAACUCAAUGAAAUAUUUCUUCAUCUUAAUUUGUUCUACUCCAAGCAACAAUACUCCUUCUUGAGUGUGUUCUUUAAUGGGGAAGAAGAAGCAUCGAAAGCUCUUCCCUACCUUAGCAUCAGAGACAAACAAAACAUUAGAUUGCUCCUUAGGAAUCUGCGAUCCGAUUUGCCCUUACAAUUGCUAUAGAGAACCAGAUUACUCCGCCAUAUCCCCUCAGCUACCACCACGGUCUUCACCACAUUUGAUCACAUCUCCAUCUCCCUCUCCCUCUCCAUCAAUCUCAGCCGUCUAUCAACCAUCUCAAAACCAGCCUUCAUCUUCCUUUGACGCCAUAACCAUCCUCACAAUCACUGGUGCGGUCUUAGCCAUCCUUUUAACCGGAUUCUUCAUUGUGGCUAAAUUCGUUUCAGACAGCGUAAACCGUGACAAUCACCGAAGAUACCAAUCCGAUGACGAAGACAACGACACGGUAAUAGAUGAUGAGUUUCAAGAUAGGGACCAAGUUGAUCACCCAAUCUGGUUGAUCAGAACAACAGGUUUACAGCAAUCGAUCAUUAACUCGAUCACGAUCUGCAGUUACAAGAGAGGAGAUGGUUUAAUCGAGAGAACAGAUUGUCCUGUUUGUUUAAGUGAGUUUGAAGAAGAAGAGAGUCUUAGGCUAUUGCCUAAAUGUAACCACGCUUUCCACAUCUCUUGUAUUGACACAUGGCUUAGUUCUCACACCAAUUGUCCUCUGUGUCGUGCUGGUAUUGCGAUGAUCAGUGCCGCCACUCCAAGGUGCUCUGGUCCGGUCGAUGUAACUCCUGAAGGAUCAGGAUCACGUUUGGAGAACGAUGGAGUUGGUGAAGAAGAUCAUGACCAUAUUGAGAACAGAGCUGAAUUAGGUAGAGAGGGGGAUGAAUCUGGUUUUAAAGAGAGGGAUGAUUCGGACAACACAUAUCCGAAUUAUGAUGUCAGAAUUGAGAUUAAUGGAUUUGGUAACGAGAUCCAUCGAGGUUUGGAUGAAAUCGACGGUGAGGGGUCUGAAACAGAGACGAAAGAGAAAGUUAGGGUUUUAGUGGACUGUGUGGAUCCAAAUGGAGGAGACUCCUUAAAUUCUCUCUCGCAGACCAAAACCCAUAUAGAAAGUAUAAAUUUUCAGGGAAGAUCAUGGGAGAAACAGAGUCAGAACUCCACCAGACCCAUCGGAGAAUUCGAAGCAAGCUGUUCUGAAGAAAACAGUGAUCACAAGGUUGCAUCACGGAGAAGUUGUGUAUCCAUUGAUUCUAGUGAAAUGAAUGGCGAAGGAAACGAAGAAGAUGCAGGGAAAACACAGUCAGACGUUACGUUGAAGACAAGUGGAAGCUCCUCUGUUUCAUGUUUCAACAAAAACAAGAGUUCGGUUUUUCCGCUGUAGUAAAACCAUUUUUUCCCGAGAUUUUUUAAUAAAAAAAGAGUAAAUAAACAA